CGGUCUCCUCGUCCUGCAGCUCCCACCACUCGCCAGCUGGGUCUCGUGGUUUGCUACAGCAAACAAUGCCAUCCCGCUUAGCGAAACAACAACGCAAUAAAGCUCUCCUCUGCCAGAAUGCCUCCCCUACUUACAUCGUGCUCUGUGGCCGCGCCCAGCUGCAUUCGCCUGUUGCCUAAAACCAAUAACAGCCUGUUAGAGCCUCCCACCAAACGCCUCCAGUCCUCCCCCUCACCCGUGCGUCUCGUCUACAUACUGUGUUGGCAUAAACAACCCGGCCUGUCUGCGGGUCGUGGAGCUCCAGCCAGUCGGGCACAUGUGCGUGUUCUGCUGAGUCCAUUUUCCUCAGAAUGUGUCUGUCGCGCUUGGCGUAGAGAAAAAUUAUUAGUUUGAAUAAAAUAUUACAGGGCUAUGGAAAAGAGGCGAAAAGGAAAAAUGAACGAGGUGCUAUAGCCAACAAAGCAGGCUCCGGCUGUGGCUCCAAAUAAGAAACUGUUCGUGUAUGGUACUUGCUCGUGAACCCGCAAAUCGUGCAAUGCAUCCAUUUUUUU